AUGCAGGACAGUAUGGCAAGGACAAAAAGAACAACGAGGAUUGAAAACUCUGAUGGAUCCUCUUUUCGGGUUCAAAUUAGCGAGCUGUCGGACCCGCCACCUGAUACUACAGGGACCCAAGGUGGCCCUUCUGCCGAGAGCUCUGAGGAGGGAGCUAAGGUAGUCCCUUUCCACUUCUUUAUUGACCUGGCUAUUGACGCUAUGGACCAAAUCUCUGCUUCAAAGAAGGCGACUGCCUUGUUGCGAGCCUCCAUCAUGCAACAGAAGCGGACCUCUUUUGAUUCUCCUGCUAAGGAGACGCCCAUAAUCAUGAGGCAGGCGGCUGAAGAGGACGAGGCGGCCGAGUCUAGCUCAGAAGAAGAAGUGGAGGAGGUAGCCCUGCGGCCGAUUGUGGCGGAUGCAUCCAAGGAAGCUGUCCCUGAUGCUGAGACAAAAAUUGAAAGAAAUAUUUCCAGGUUGCGAAGAGAGGCAAGAACAAACCCCAGUGAAUCAACAUACAUCUUCAACAUUCAAGAAGAGGAAGUGAUGGCAGAAAAUCGAACACUGAGAGAGCUAACAGCUCCUAACUUGAACCAACAGCCGUUGUGCAUCGCAUAUCAGCAGUUGGAGGAAGGUGCUAAUGUUGAGAUCAAAUCUGGUCUAAUUCAUCUAUUGCCGGCAUUCCAUGGCAUGAAGGCAAGUGGUGGAGGGCUAGUGAAUAAGACUCCAGGAGAUGCAACUAGGCUGAUUGCAGAGCUAGCAGAGAAUUCUAGGCAGUUCAGUCAGAGAACUCCCACGCGCCGGGUGAAUGCAGCAAAUUCAAAUACAACUGAGUUAGAGAGUCAAAAUUUGGAAAGUCAAGUGAGUCAAAUUUCAAGUGCAGUGAGCAGACUUGAAGCUAAGGAUUCGGGAAAACUUCCAUCUCAAACGGAGUUGAAUCCUAAGCAACAAGCCAACGCUAUUACAUUGAGAAAUGGCAAGGAGCUGAAAGAGACUGAAAUUGCAACUAAGAGGGCUGAAGAGUUGAUUGGAGCUGAGGAGAAGGAAGUGGAACAUGAAGCUGUAGCAAAUCCUCCCACUUUUCCAUCUUAUGAACCCACACCACCUUUUCCUGAAGCUUUGAAAGAAACGAAGAGGUAUGAGAAGGACAAAGAUAUCUAUGAAACAUUCAGCAAGUGUGAGGUAAACAUUCCCCUUUUGAAUUUAAUAAAGAGUGUUCCUCGAUUCGCUAAAUUUUUGAAAGAACUUUGUACUAUUAAGAGGAAGCACAGGUUAGGAGGGAAGGAAAAAGUGAAAGUCAGUGCUCAUGUUUCUGCAGUUUUCCAAAAGAAACUUCCUGAAAAAUGCAGUGACCCUGGUAUGUUUACUAUUCCAGUUACAAUAGGGGACACCACUUUUCGUAGAGCAAUGUUGGAUUUGGGUGCAUCAAUUAAUGUUAUUCCAUAUUCACUGUUCAAAUCUUUGGAACUUGGACCCUUACAUGACACCGGGGUAGUGAUUCAAUUAGCUGAUAGAUCAAAUGUUUAUCCUAAGGGAGUAGUGGAAGAUGUGCUUGUGAAAGUUGAUGAACUAAUUUUUCCUGCUGAUUUUUAUGUGCUUGAUAUGGAACAUGAUAGACAAGCAGUACCCAUCUUGUUAGGAAGACCUUUCUUGAAAACUGCUAGGACUAAAAUUGAUGUUUUUACUGGUUCUUUGACUAUGGAGUUUGAUGGACAAGAAAUUGUGUAUAACAUCUAUGAUUCCAUGAAAUACCCUGUUGACACUCAUUCUUUGUGUUCCAUUGAUAUCAUUGAUCCUAUAGUGCAGGAUGUCUUCAAUGUUGAGGGCGAGGAUGCGCUCCUCACUUCCAUUUCUAAUGAUUUAUCUGCUGAUUGUUUGGAUAUUCCUUUGCCUAAUAGUGUGCAGAUGAUGGUAGCAGAGUUGAAUGGUCAUUCCAAGCUUCCACUUAGACCACCAGGUUCGACACCUACCCCAUUGACAGUGCCUACUGAUAAACUCUUACCUUCUGUUUUGCAGGCACCCCAGGUGGAGCUAAAACCACUUCCUGAUCAUUUGAAAUAUGUGUUCCUUGGUCAGAAAGAUACUUUACCUGUUAUAAUUUCAAGCAAAUUGACCAAGGAGCAAGAGGACAAGUUGGUGACAGUGCUGAAAGAGCACAAGUUAGCUAUUGGAUGGACCAUUGCAGACAUUAAGGGAAUAAGUCCAUCCACUUGCAUGCAUCGUAUUCUGUUAGAAGAUGAUGCCAAACCUGUGAGGCAACCUCAGCGUCGCCUAAAUCCUCCCAUGAUGGACGUGGUAAAGAAGGAGAUCAUAAAAUUAUUGCAAAUAGGAAUGAUAUUUCCUAUAUCUGAUAGUAAAUGGGUCAGUCCUACGCAGGUGGUUCCUAAGAAAAGUGGUGUGACUGUGGUAGAAAAUCAACAGGGUGAAAUGGUUCCUACUAGAGUUCAAAAUGGUUGGCGAGUUUGCAUUGAUUAUCGUAGGUUGAAUGCAGUAACUAGGAAAGACCAUUUCCCUUUACCUUUUAUUGACCAAAUGAUUGAAAGACUUGCAGGGAAAUCCUAUUACUGUUUCCUUGAUGGGUAUUCUGGGUACUUUCAAGUGCCCAUUGCACCUGAAGAUCAGGAAAAGACAACUUUUACAUGUCCUUUUGGCACAUUUGCUUAUCGCCGUAUGCCUUUUGGCCUAUGUAAUGCACCUGCAACCUUUCAGAGAUGCAUGAUGAGCAUCUUUUCUGACUUUGUUGAGCAUUUCAUGGAGGUAUUUAUGGAUGAUUUCACUGUGUAUGGUGAUUCUUUUGAUAAAUGCUUGCAUCACUUAUCUAUGGUCCUCAAAAGAUGUAUUGACUCUAACCUUGUCUUGAAUUCUGAGAAAUGUCAUUUUAUAAUCCAACAGGGCAUUGUGUUAGGUCAUGUAGUUUCUUCUAGAGGUAUUGAGGUUGAUAAGGCUAAGAUUGACACUAUUCAGUCUCUUCCUUAUCCUACUAAUGUGCGUGAAGUGCGUUCUUUUCUUGGCCAUGCAGGUUUCUAUCGUAGGUUCAUUGAGGGAUUCUCAAAGCUUGCAAAUGCUAUGUGCAAAUUGCUGCAGAAAGAUGUGAAAUUCCACUUUGAUGAUGAUUGCAAGAAGGCUUUCGACGAAUUGAAGGCUAAGCUCAUUUCUGCCCCUAUCAUUCAAGCCCCAGAUUGGUCUCGACCAUUUGAGAUAAUGUGUGAUGCGAGUGAUUAUGCAGUUGGAGCUGUUUUAGGCCAGAAAGUAGGGAGGGCAUCUCAUGUGAUCUAUUAUGCCUCAAUGACCCUCAAUUCAGCCCAACGAAACUACACUACCACAGAAAAAGAGUUGUUAGCUGUAGUAUUUGCUCUAGAAAAGUUUCGAUCUUAUUUGCUUGGUACUAAAGUAAUUGUUUUCACUGAUCAUGCAGCUCUUCGCCACUUGAUGACGAAGAAAGAGGCCAAACCAAGACUAAUAAGAUGGAUUCUGCUCUUAUGUGAGUUUGAGUUAGAAAUCAAGGACAAGAUAGGCGCGGAAAAUCUAGUUGCUGAUCAUUUGAGUCGUUUGACCCAUAUUGUUGAUCAACCAUCAUUCCAAUAUCAAAUCCUAGGAGAAUUUCCGGAUGAAUCUCUAUUUGCUCUUAAGGAUUUGCGCCCUUGGUUUGCUAACAUUGUGAAUUUUCUGGUUUCUCAACAGUUUCCUCCAGGUUUCACAAAGUCUCAAAAGGACAAGCUUCGAACUGAUGCGAAGUACUAUGCAUGGGAUGAUCCAUACUUGUGGAAGUUCUGCUCCGAUCAAAUCAUUCGCAGAUGCAUUCCCGAAAAUGAGGUGAUCCCCAUUCUCACCUUCUGUCAUUCUCAUGCUUGUGGAGGACACUUUGGAGCCAAACGCACAGCAAGGAAGGUUCUCGACUGUGGUUUUUACUGGCCAAGUUUGUUUCGAGAUUCCUAUGGAUUUUGUAAAUCCUGUGAUAAUUGCCAGAGAGUAGGUAACAUUUCCCAGAAAAGUGAAAUGCCCCAAUCCUCUCUUCUAUAUUGUGAAAUAUUCGAUGUUUGGGGUAUAGAUUUCAUGGGACCAUUCCCUAUUUCUUACGGUUUUACUUAUAUACUUCUUGCUUGUGAUUAUGUGUCGAAGUGGGUGGAAGCAAUACCCACUAGGACUGAUGACUCUAAAGUGGUUUCAGGUUUUAUCAAAGCUUACAUAUUUUCUAGGUUUGGAAUCCCAAGGGCGUUGAUAAGUGACCGUGGAACACACUUUUGCAACCGUACAGUGAGUGCUUUGUUGAGGAAGUACUCUGUUCACCACAAAAUCUCCACGGCUUAUCACCCACAAACCAAUGGGCAAGCCGAGGUGUCCAAUAGAGAGGUGAAGUCAAUUCUGCAGAAAACGGUGAAUCCGGAUAGGAAGGAUUGGAGUUUGAGGUUGGUGGAUGCUCUAUGGGCGUACCGCACCGCAUACAAAACACCUAUCGGGAUGUCCCCUUACCGCCUUGUCUUCGGAAAACCGUGCCAUCUUCUGGUUGAGCUUGAGCAUAAAGCAUAUUGGGCUGUUAAGUCAUUCAACAUGCAAAUGGAUGAAGCAGGUGAACAUCGGAAAUUGCAACUCCAAGAACUAGAGGAGAUCCGGCUUGAGUCCUAUGAGAAUGCAGAUAUUUAUAAAGCAAAGACCAAGCUAUGGCAUGAUCGAAUGAUCACGCGGAAGGAGUUUAAAGUCGGUGACAAAGGGAGGCCUCGGGAGCGAUUGUUACGCGCGAAAAGCAGCAAAACCAGCUAA